UUGGUUUUCUCCGAAGAUAAUUGGAGGCAAAAUUUGAUAUUCUCAAUGUCAUGGACAGGAAUGAGGUUUCGCCGGCGUCUGCUGCCACCAUGAAAAAGGUGGGCGGCGGUGGAUGCAGCCGCGUCAGCGCACCCACGGCUGCUGCGUCCAAAUGCACCAUCAGCCUGAACUGUCUGGACCCCGGCUCUCGCGGCACGGCGAGCGGUGAGCAGCCCGGUGUGGCCAGCAACGUCGUGAUGGACGAGACCGAGGACGGAGAAGAGGAGUCCAAGUUUCAGCAUCCGCGUUUGCGCCGAGCUGGGGGGAGCGGCAGCGGCGGAGGUGGAGGAGGAGGAGGCGGCAGUAUCAGGAUGAAGAACUUUACGCCAGGAGGGGGAGCCGCGUCCUCGGCUACCAGGAGAAACUCCAACAAGGAGCCCUGCCUUACGCACACAGAGGAAGCUCCCGCCGCCCCACGGCCCGCUACUGCCUCCACAGCUACGGAGACCCAGACACCCAGUCCGGGCGAUGCUGCCCUGCGCGGCGACACCAGCAGAGCAUCUGGGGCGGAGGCAUCGGAGUCUGCGGUCGCGGGAGAGGUUUUAAACGCGACAGCGGGUGAUGGUUGCAACGCCGUCGCUCCCAUUUCCAGCAUGAAAUGCAACAAAAACGGAGAAUGCGGGAGGGACUCGGGUACCGGGAGCCUGCGCUCAAUCAUCUCCAAGCAGGAGAAGCAGACAGGAGGGUCGGGGAGGGCCGACGACGGAGGCAGCGCCAAGCGAGGAGCCUGUAACUCCACCACCGCCAGCAUGGACGGCUCGAUCACGCCAUGCGGGUCCCUGACCGGGGGGCAAGGAGGGGAGAGCGCAAACCCCGGCGCUACCCCGGUAUCCAGCGGUGUCCCCGAGAAAAAGGACUCCAAGGUGUCCUUCUCCAACGCACCAAGCCGGAAAGCCUCGUCUUCACUGCAUGGCCCAACUCAGACCCAGCAGCCCAGAAACUCUGUCACUUUCCAGAAGCCGGAGGAUGGACCGCAAAUUGUGCCCGCCGAGGAUGCGGAACCUCGGGGCAGCCAAGCCAGCUUCAUGCAGCGGCAGUUUAGUAGUAUGCUGCAGCCCGGAGUUAAUAAAUUCUCCUUACGCAUGUACGGCAGCCAGAAGGCGGUGGAGAGAGAACAGGAGAGGGUAAAAUCUGCGGGGAACUGGAUUAUCCACCCUUACAGCGAUUUCAGGUUCUACUGGGAUUUCACAAUGCUGCUGUUUAUGGUCGGCAACCUGAUCAUCAUCCCCGUGGGCAUCACCUUCUUCAAGGACGAGACCACCACACCGUGGAUCAUCUUCAAUGUGGUCUCUGACACCUUCUUCCUCAUGGACCUGGUGCUCAACUUUCGCACUGGAAUCAUCAUCGAGGACAAUUCCGACAUAAUUUUGGACCCUAAAACCAUUAAGAAAAAGUAUUUAAAGACCUGGUUUAUUGUGGACUUUAUCUCCUCCAUCCCAGUGGAUUACAUAUUCCUAAUAGUGGAGAAGGGAAUCGACUCGGAGGUGUACAAGACUGCUCGGGCCCUAAGGAUUGUCCGCUUUACAAAGAUACUUAGUCUUCUGAGGCUGUUGAGGCUCUCCAGAUUAAUUCGUUACAUUCACCAAUGGGAAGAGAUCUUUCACAUGACCUAUGACCUGGCCAGUGCAGUGAUGCGAAUCUUCAACCUGAUUGGUAUGAUGCUGCUGCUGUGUCACUGGGACGGCUGCCUACAGUUCCUGGUUCCCAUGCUGCAGGACUUCCCCUCAGACUGCUGGGUGUCCCUGAACAAGAUGGAGAACGACACCUGGUCGGAGCUGUACUCCUUUGCUGUGUUCAAGGCAAUGAGCCACAUGCUGUGCAUCGGUUAUGGCCGACAGGCCCCGGAGAGUCUGUCGGAUAUCUGGCUCACCAUGCUGAGUAUGAUUGUAGGAGCGACUUGCUAUGCGGUUUUUAUUGGCCAUGCAACAGCUCUCAUCCAGUCCCUGGACUCCUCCAGACGACAGUACCAAGAAAAGUACAAACAAGUGGAGCAAUAUAUGUCCUUCCACAAGCUGCCUGCUGACUUCCGACAGAAAAUCCAUGACUAUUAUGAGCACAGAUACCAGGGCAAGAUGUUUGAUGAGGAGAGCAUUCUGGGAGAGCUCAGCGAGCCUCUAAGAGAGGAGAUUGUCAACUUCAACUGUCGCAAGCUGGUGGCGUCCAUGCCGCUGUUUGCCAACGCGGACCCAAAUUUUGUGACGGCCAUGCUGACCAAGCUGCGUUUUGAGGUGUUCCAGCCGCACGAUUACAUCAUCAGGGAAGGCACCAUUGGAAAGAAAAUGUACUUCAUCCAGCACGGAGUCUGCAGUGUCAUCACCAAGGGCACCCUCGCCAUGAAGCUCUCCGAUGGCUCUUAUUUUGGAGAGAUCUGUCUCUUGACAAGGGGCCGACGGACGGCCAGUGUGCGGGCGGAGACGUACUGUCGACUGUACUCUCUGUCUGUUGACCACUUCAACGAGGUGCUUGAGGAAUAUCCCAUGAUGAGACGAGCCUUCGAGACAGUUGCCAUAGACCGUCUAGACCGCAUAGGUAAAAAGAACUCCAUCCUGCUGCACAAGGUCCAACAUGAUCUCAACUCUGGUGUCUUCAACAAUCGGGAGAACGAGAUGAUCCAGGAGAUCGUCAAGUACGACCGGGAGAUGGUGAAGCUGGUGGAUCUGCAGCGGCCUCGGGCCAUGUCCAUGACUCCGUCCAUCGGCGGCAUCUUCGCUCCCCCUAGUCAACCGCAGACAGGCUCUGCUAUUGCCACACUACAGCAGGCUGUUGCCAUGAGCUUCUGCCCUCAGAUGGCGAGUCCGCUGGUGGGUCCCGGGACCUUGCAGUCUCCUCGUAUGGUGCGAAGGUUCCACGUAAUGCAGAACCUUUCCAGCCCUGUUUCCAUGUCUCCGCUUCAGUCUCAGCCACCUCAGACAUUGGGAGGUGCAUUUGGAUCCGCAAUCUCCAGCCCACCUGUCCAAAGCCCGCUCGCAGCAUCAGGGCGGACUUUCCAGUACUUGGCGAGUGUAGGACCUUCUGGGUCCCAGCUGUCUCUAGUACAGCACCAUGCACCCAGCCCCACGCAAACCCAGCAGAGGCCUGCCUCACACAAGAGCACCCACUCCCUCCACGCAGGCAGCUUGAGCCAGGACACCCGGGCCCUGUCUGCCUCUCAGCCUUCACUUCCACAAGAAGCAACACCACAAGCUGCCUCCGCAGCCCCCAGCCCUCCACCCUCCACACGUACGUCCAACACCUCCAUCGGCCCCCCUCAACCCCCUCACCCAAGCAUGCCUGGGCCCUCAGGGCUGGGCAGAUCAGCAGGAGGUCAGCAGAGAGUGGCCUUUGCCUCCACACCGCCUCCUGGUGGACCUGCUGGAACGGGGGCAGUAGCAGCAGCUGCUGGAUCGGGACCUCCAGACUCAGGAGUUCCUAAGAAAGAUUCAAUUGUCAGCCUUCCAGAGCUAGACUCUGCCAGAUCUCGGCUGUCUUCCAACUUGUGACCCUAGUAGUUCAGGAAAGAGGCCUUUUUUCUAGGAGAAUCUGUUUGUUUUAGGUCAGUCGAGCUGAUCUCUCAGCCUGCUGAAUGGCCGGUCUACUACCGCCCGCUCCACUCGUCAUUGACCUGGAUGCACUGUGUGCUGGUGUCAGCAGAAGGAAAGAGCAACUCAAAGUCUGGAGACCCUUCAGCUAAGAGGGGUCUGUACGAUGAAAGUAGUAUAAGUUAUGGUUGAACUGGUCUAAUCUACUGUGCCAGCACCUUUAGUCUUAGUAUCACCCCUACACUCUGCUUCCAAACACCUACUGUAUAUCGCUGUCUUUACUGUAAAGAUAUGAAGAAAAGUAUGAUUAAUGUAACUACUGCAUACUGUGUAGAAUCCAUGCAAUGCAAUCUAGCAGGAGCUGGACUUAAAAAUGAAAAUCAGGGACUUGAGGUCAAACGACAAUGACAUUUUAAGCGUUCAACCAGUGUUUUGAGUGUAAGUUUUCUGUAUAAGCUGUCGUAGCAAAAGAACACAUUGCUCUUCAUAUUGUUUAAACUAGUAGUGAAAUAGUGUUUUAGACCGCUGGUCGAUCUUACAUCGAUGUGUAAAUAGUGUGGAAGGAUAUUAUAUUCAUUGUAUGUACCCAAACCAAAGUUGAGCUCGAACACAAAGUCUGGUUGUGUCUGUAUCAACUAAAAAAGAAACAGAAGAAAAUGCCAUUUAUUUAACUGCCUUGAUUCAACAUUAGAAGCCAUAUAUUUGGUUUGUGUGUAUGUAUAUAUGUGGGCGUGAGGCUGCGUGAGUGCGGGAGCUUGUCAGUACGUCUCGGUCCUCCUCGCUGAGGACGGACUCACACACUCUAACACUGCUCUGUCAAGCGCAACUGUUUUGACAUGCUGACAGUGGCACUGAUCCGUUUUUACGACACAUCUGGAAGGUUUCGUCACCUGACUGAUUGUAACCCUGGUGGUAAAGAUGGUUAAAUCUGAGCUUUACCGAAUGGACACAUUUGUAAACAACCCAUACUGUAUACUUGCUUGUUUUUGUCUAGGUUUAUUGAUUAACACAUGCAAUAUAAAUCUGCAAUACUCUACCCCGCCUAUAUAUAUAUAUAUAUAUAAAUAUAUAUAUAUAUGACUAUAAAUAUCUAUACAUAUGCUGUACAGGAAAGUGAAUCCUUUUUUCUAUUUAAUGUGAAAUCUUAAAGAAUCCAGCAGCUAUUGUGGCUUCACUUGAAGUAUUGUAAUCCAGUGACCAUGUUGUUACCUUAACCAAAAACGAUGGAGGGAACGGGAGGGCGUGCAGUGUCAUUUUUGUAAAGGCAGGUAGGACGGAUUGCUCAGAACACGUGAGCAAUUCGCACUUUGAGUUCAGCAAGUCAGAUCCUUAAAAAAAACAAGAAAACAAAAAAAAAAUUGUCACUUCAAAGCCCAUCGGAGUAAAUUGAAAUUCGAAUGUCUCAGCUUUUCCGAUCCACAGCAAUCCUGCGGUUGACGUUCGGGGGCUGGACUGAGGCUUUGGUUGUGUUUCUUAAACAAUCUGAGCCUGCUGAACCUAAAGGCCUUCUCUUGCUGAAUGUAUGCCAUACGAGAAGGAGGACAGCUAAUCAGAUAUAAACUGCCAUGUAAAUAGGGGGGCGGAGAUGUAAAGGCUUUUAUGAUGCAAAGGGGGGUCGUGGGCACUGCUGUACGUGUCUUUUUAGGUUUGAUGAGGCUUCUAUGGGUCGAUUGUUGCUUUUUUUAACCUGCGUGCUACCUUCCCUGCGCCCAGAUUUUCCCAGAUGUAACAUGGGAACGUGCUUUUUUUUGUUUUCCUUUGGUGUGUAUUUGCUGAGGUGGGCGUGAAUGAGAGCGAGCUGUGACCGCUUUGAACUCCUCGAACCCAAAGUGAGCGCUGAGGACGUCCAAGUUAAGCACCUUGUGUUGCAAUCAAAAAUGAAAAUCAAUGCUCUGUACUUCAAAAACGCAGGUACUUCUGCUCCCCUGGUAUUUGGUUAAAAAGUAAAUUCAAUUGGGAUAGAAAAUAGGCCGCUGUUAAAUAAACACAGUGCCCGACUUUUUCAUUGCAUUGAUCCACUGUAUGAUGAACUGUAAAAUCAAUGUGAUGGACAUUUCACUCAGGUUUGCUACCUUUCCGGAAAAAUGUAUUGAUUGCUACAGCGUGGCUUCCCACUCAUUUCUGUUGACUUGUCUAUCCUCCCACAGUCAACUUGUCAAUUUGACCUCACUGAAAUUUUCCUCUUGAAUAUCAAUUGGGCAAGAAAAUUAAACAUCAAAUAGAGUCAUAACCUUUUUGUAGAUUGUUAUUAGUGUAACUUGCUGCCAUUUUGUUUUAAUCACUUCUCCUGAGAGCUGUUAAAUCUUGAAUGGCUGAUUGUUUUUAUCCAAGGGCUUCAUUAUAUGGGUUCUAAUUCCUGGCAGCCACUUUUGUUUUUUUUUACAUGCUCUAAUCUUUGUUCUUCUUCAGACGUGGGUAACGGAGCUGCCAACCCAUUCCAUUAGCAACACCUUAACUUUGUAUUGUUUCUUUUCUAGGGGAAGGUACAUGCCAAAAUGCAGAAACGAUUGUUCGAAUGAAUCAAAUCCAUGUGAGCUGCUGUGUGCUUCGAUGCUGUUCCAGUGCAAUCAAUUGGUCCCCCCCUCCUUUGUGCUUAUACCAGAGUUUGCCCUAUUAAGCUGCUACCAGGACUGUGGUGACAUUCUUCGAGUCCACAGUCAGCGAGAGCGUGAUGGAGAAAGAGUUAAAGAGCUAAUGUUUAAGGCAAUAUCAGGCAUCGUCUCGGUUCCACUCCAUCCAUCCAGUCCAAUCCUGUAGUGUAACCCACUCCCACUCGAAGGAUGGCAGGCUGAUCAGUAACAGACGGUUUGAACCCUCGGCCACGAGUGUGUGUGUGUGUGUGUGUGUGUGUGUGUGUGUGUGUGUGUGUGUGUGUGUGUGUGUGUGUGUGUGUGUGUGUGUGUGUGUGUGUGUGUGUGUAAACAGAGCUGUAUUUACCUGAUGGCAGGGGGUUCAAACUGCUAUUGUGUAAUGGUUCUUCUUCUGGACCUUGUUUGACACUGACUGACGAUUAUAGAGAGUAUCUAAGCUUCUAAACCUCUCAUUCUUGCUGUACCAGAUAUUAAGGGUACUGAAUGCCUUGGUGUUGUUAGCAAAUCAGGGUAUUAUUUCUGUUUGUAAAAGUGUCUUUGGUAUACUUUUGUUUUGUUUUUACAAUGUGCCCCAUGCACACGGACUGUAUAUACCUUGUGCCUAGUAUAUCUAGUUUCCACAUAGUCUAUUUUUGUGGUAUGUGUGUGCCUGUAAAAAUGCAAAGUGUGUGUUUUUAUUUUGAACUUGCAAUAUAUUGAACAACAUUACAUGAAGACUAGUAUUGCUGAAUUAAAAUGACAAUGUCAGUAUAUAUAAUUUUCCCUGAUUUGGGAAACACACAAAUUGCACAUUUUCGUUGGUUUGAGCCUUCCAACACCAUGCGCGCUGUACUCUGUACGCCACCUGUUGUAUCUGGGACAUUUUCUACAGCGAGGCGGGUGAGCUCUGGCAGGUUCCUGGUGGAUACGGGCAGGCUGGACGUUAGCUUAGACGACCCGCUCGCUCGCACGGAUCCAAAAGUGACAAACGUGAGAAAUCAGUUGAGGAAAAACUGUGACAUCUGCACAAUAACAACACAGAACAAAACUGGGCCGUGCUCAUGCUGGAAGAUACUCCUCAAACCGUGUUGUUGCACAUUAUUGAGGGUCUGAUGCUGGUUGCACACUGAUCUGGUGUUCGCCCACCUCUCCUUGGCUGCACUGGGCUCACGGGUCCGCGUCAGUCUUGUGCUCGACUCCUAGUUGAGUUACUAACAGACAAUAACAGAGUGCAUGCUUGUGUUUUUCUAAGCAGAGUUCUGUGUAUGAUUCUUAGUGGGACCUUCAAAUCUAGACAUUGUCAUGUAUCAACUACCGUAUACUGAUUUGAUUUAGUCCUUUGUGUCGUAGCUACUGUAGCCCGCUUAGCUUACCUAAGCCUUCUCUCUGCUUCAGGACUCUGUGUAUCGUGUGCUUGAGUUUGUGUGUGCGUGUGUGUGUUCCUGUGCCUUUCCUUCUAUAAUGUUGGUCCCACUUGAGAAUACGAUGCCAUUUAGGGGCUUGAAACCCACGUGAAGCCGAGAGAGACGCCAGCACAUGCUGGAAGGUGUUACGCGGUCACGACUCCAUUUGUUUAAAAAAAAACAAGGAAAAUCACUGUAAAGGUCCUACAGAUGACUCUGGCACAUCCCUAGACUUAGUAGCAUUCCAUAGCCUGCACGAGCAGCUUGGUGUGGGCAUCCAGGCACACUUUACCAGCAGCAUGUAGACAACAGCACAGAUAUCUGACACAUUAAGUGUUCUCUCUCUCUCUCUCUCUCUCUCUCUCUCUCUCUCUCUCUCUCUCUCUCUCUCUCCUCUCUCUCGCUCUCCCUCUCUCUCUCUCUCUCUGGAGGCCAGUCUGCAACCAUCUCAGGCUGUGCUCAGCUUCUGCUCUUAAGAAAAAAAAGGUGAAGCAUAUAAGUCCAGCUCUGUCUAAGUUGAUGUCUACAAUCCGGGGACAAAUCUGCACCCAGCCCCGAGGAGCCGCAGCCGGAUCUCAAAUGAUUGAUGGGGACUGGGGAUGCUGGUCAUAUUUGUUGCCGUCCAGUCAUUACAGAACGAGAUCCACAGCUGUCGGUGAGGGCGUGGAGCAGAUUUGAACCCGCGUCCAAAAGGCUGUCUUGUCCACCACCUCUGCUAGUCGAGAAUACAGAGCCACACCCUGGCCUCUCUCAAUAAGCUGGUCUGUCAGUCAGUGGCAAUGUUGUUUAAGCGUUCGUAAAAAGAUGAAACAUUGUUGUGCAAUAAAAAGAUGAGCGCAUUGGCAUACCUA